GGUCCUCCCGACGAAGGGCACCGGAAGGCGGUGGAGCGUUUCACAAAGCACAGACUGAAGUUUUGUCAGGAGGAGGAGGAGGAGGACUGGGAGGCGAUCGAGAAGAGGCUCGGUGGUCAGCUCGAGGAGGAGCUAAUUGAGGAGGCCAGGGACGAGUUCAAUCUCAUCGAGAAAAUGGUCGGUGAGAGUGGAAUGCCUGUGGUAUUCCUGAUGACUAUAAAUGCGGUCCCUCUGGAAGAAGGCUACUUGAAGGCAGUGGAGAGCUUAAUUAAGCGUAGGCUGAAAGUUUGCCAUGCGAUGGUGGAUCGGAAGGCAAUCGAGAAGAGGCUAGGCUGCGGUCAGGUCAAGGAGCUAAAAGAGGAUGCCAGGGAUGAGCUCAAGCUCGUUGAGAAAAUGGUCGAGUUGGUUCCCUGGGGUGUUCCUGAUGAGUAUGAAUGCGAGGUCACAGAGGAUGAUGUUCUCGUGCCAAAGCAUGAAGAAUGA